AUGACUUCCUCGUGGUUCUCGUCGGUCAUUGACCAAUAUCGGCCAGACUUGGCUCCGUACGAAGAGCUGUACCGACACUGCCAUCAGCACGGGGAGCUAUCGACGCAGGAAAAGGAAACUGCGGCUCUCAUCACGGCGCACAUGAAGAAGCUUUCACCGGACUUUGACAUUCGCACAGGUAUUGGUGGGCAUGGCCAGAUCGCGAUUCUCAAGAACGGACCAGGCCAGACGAUUUUGUUGCGGGCCGACAUUGACGCACUCCCUAUUCAAGAGAAAACAGGCCUGCCGUACGCGAGUACCAAAACCAUGCUUGACACCGACGGGAUCACCAAGCCCGUGAUGCACGCGUGCGGGCACGAUUUCCACAUUACCUCGCUCCUCGGGGCGGCCGAGACUCUUGUGGCCGCCCGAUCGAAGUGGUCUGGCACCAUUGUGUUUUUGUUCCAGCCUGCUGAAGAACGUGGCAGCGGGGCCCGUGCCAUGGUGGACGACGGGCUCUAUGACACUUCGAAACACGCAUGUCCUAUCCCUGAUGUCCUGCUCGGUCAACACGUGUUCCCUCUCGAGGCUGGCAAAACAGCAACCCGCGUGGGUCCCAUCAUGUCGGCGGCCAACAGCUUCAAGAUUACUAUCUACGGUAGUGGCGGGCACGGGUCGAUGCCGCACCGGACUAUCGAUCCUGUCGUGAUAGCCAGCCAUAUCGUGGUCCGACUCCAGACGAUCGUGUCGCGGGAGGUCCCGCCCGAUGAAACUGCCGUGGUCACCGUAGGCGCAUUACAGGCCGGAAGCACCGAGAACGUCAUCUCGGAUGAGGCGGUGCUGAAAAUCAACAUCCGUACCAUGACUUCGGAAUGGCGCGACCGUGUCUUGGCCUCUGUCAAGAGAAUCGUCAAGGCCGAGUGUCUGGCGGGCAAUUGUCCCAAGGAGCCGACGAUCGAGCCAACUUCCUCGUUUGAGCUGACGGUCAAUAACGACAAGGUCACGGAAACGAUCAAUAAGUCGUUUUACAGUUAUUUCGGCGACAACCACGAAGGGAAUAUCAAGAAUGUCCUCGGCAGUGAAGAUUUUGGAAUCCUCGGGUCGGCCAUUGAUAGGCCGUAUUGCUUCUGGUUCUUUGGCGGUCAUGAGAAGACAAAGUACCAGGAAGCGAUCAAGAGGGGCGACGAGGCCAAUAUUCCUGUCAAUCAUAGUCCUUUCUUUGCCCCUGUUCUGCAGCCUACCCUGAAAACUGGCGUGGAUGCCUUGGUUGUUGCGGCUUUGACGUAUCUGGGAAAGAAGGAUGAGUGA